AUGGCGCUGCUGCGGGACGUGUCGCUGCAGGACCCGCGGGACCGCUUCGAGCUGCUGCAGCGCGUGGGCGCCGGGACCUACGGCGACGUCUACAAGGCCCGCGACGCCGUCACGUCGGAGCUGGCCGCCGUCAAGAUCGUCAAGCUGGACCCGGGGGACGACAUCAGCUCCCUCCAGCAGGAAAUCACCAUUCUGCGCGAGUGCCGGCACCCCAAUGUGGUGGCCUACAUUGGCAGCUACCUCAGGAAUGACCGCUUGUGGAUCUGCAUGGAGUUCUGUGGAGGGGGGUCUCUGCAGGAGAUUUACCACGCCACCGGGCCCCUGGAGGAACGGCAGAUUGCCUAUGUCUGCCGGGAGGCACUGAAGGGGCUACAUCACUUGCAUUCUCAGGGGAAGAUGCACCGAGACAUCAAGGGAGCCAACCUUCUCCUCACCCUCCAGGGAGAUGUCAAGCUGGCUGACUUUGGGGUGUCGGGAGAACUGACGGCAUCCGUGGCUAAGAGAAAGUCUUUCAUUGGGACUCCGUACUGGAUGGCCCCGGAGGUGGCUGCUGUGGAGCGCAAAGGUGGCUAUAAUGAGCUGUGUGACGUCUGGGCACUGGGCAUCACCGCCAUCGAGCUGGGCGAGCUGCAGCCCCCUCUCUUCCACCUGCACCCCAUGAGGGCUUUGAUGCUCAUGUCAAAGAGCAGCUUCCAACCACCCAAGCUGAGGGACAAGACACGCUGGACCCAGAAUUUCCACCACUUCCUCAAGCUGGCCUUGACCAAGAACCCCAAGAAGAGACCAACAGCAGAGAAGCUUCUGCAGCACCCAUUCACCACCCAGCAGCUCCCUCGGGCUCUGCUCACACAGCUGUUGGACAAAGUCAAUGACCCCCACCUGGGAACCCCCUCCCCAGAAGACUGUGAACUGGAGACUUACGACAUGUUUCCAGACACCAUUCACUCCCGGGGGCAGCAUGGCCCGGCCGAGAGGACCCCCUCGGAGAUCCAGUUUCACCAGGUGAAAUUUGGUGCCCCACGCAGGAAGGAAACAGACCCGCUAAAUGAACCGUGGGAGGAGGAGUGGACGCUGCUGGGAAAGGAGGAGCUGAGCGGGAGCCUGCUGCAGUCAGUCCAGGAGGCCCUAGAGGAAAGGAGCCUGACCAUCCGGCCAGCCUUGCCGCUGCAGGAGCUGGACUCCCCAGAUGACACCAUAGGAACCAUCAAGCGAGCCCCAUUCGUGGGGCUGUCCCCUGCUGAACCUCCCACCGAGGACCCUCGAGCCAGCCCCCCACGGACCCCACCUCCACCUCUCCCAGGGCCUGAAAGCCCCCCCCAGCUCCCCACCGCCUGGACCACCAUGAAACACCGGGAGGAUCCUGAGAGAUCAUCCUGCCAUGGGCUUCCCCCAACGCCCAAGGUGCACAUGGGCGCCUGCUUCUCCAAGGUCUUCAAUGGCUGUCCCCUGCGGAUCCACGCUGCGGUCACCUGGGUCCACCCUGUCACCCGUGACCAGUUCCUGGUGGUGGGGGCCGAGGAAGGCGUCUACACCCUCAACCUGCACGAGCUGCACGAGGACACCCUGGAGAAGCUCAUCUCCCACCGCUGCAUCUGGCUCUACUGUGUGAACAACGUGCUGCUCUCGCUCUCAGGGAAAUCCACGCAUAUCUGGGCCCACGACCUCCCAGGCCUGUUUGAGCAGCGGCGACUCCAGCAACAGGUUCCCCUCUCCAUCCCCACCAACCGCCUCACCCAGCGCAUCAUCCCCAGGCGCUUUGCCCUGUCCACCAAGAUUCCUGACACCAAAGGCUGCCUGCAGUGCCGCGUGGUGCGGAACCCCUACACAGGCAGCACCUUCCUGCUCGCCGCCCUGCCUGCCAGCCUGCUCCUGCUGCAGUGGUACGAGCCGCUGCAGAAGUUCCUGCUGCUGAAGAACUUCUCCAGCCCCUUGCCUAGCCCAGCAGGGAUGCUGGAGCCACUGGUGCUGGAUGGGAAGGAGCUACCGCAGGUGUGCGUGGGGGCCGAGGGCCCUGAGGGCCCUGGCUGCCGUGUCCUGUUCCACAUCCUGCCCCUGGAGGCUGGCCUGACGCCUGAUGUCCUCAUCCCACCUGAGGGGCUUCCAGGCUCAGCCCAGCAGGUGAUCCAGGUGGACAGGGACACAGUCCUAGUCUGCUUUGACCGCUGCGUGAGGAUCGUGGACCUGCUGGGCGAGCCCACGGCCACACUGGCACCCGAGCUGACCUUCGACUUCCCCAUUGAGACUGUGGUGUGUCUGCAGGACAGUGUGCUGGCUUUCUGGAGCCACGGGAUGCAGGGUCGCAGCCUGGACACCAAUGAGGUGACCCAGGAGAUCACAGAUGAGACCAGGAUCUUUCGAGUGCUUGGGGCCCACAGGGACAUCAUCCUGGAGAGCACCCCCACCGACAACCCAGGGGCUCACAGCAACCUGUACAUUCUCACGGGCCACCAGAGCAGCUACUAGCAGGCGCUGGCCAGCGGCACCCCGCUCCAGCCCGGCCUGAGUCUGAGUCCUCUUGGGGCAAGGGGCGGCUCCCAGACCAGAGGAGCUCAGGCCCUGCCCUGUCCUCAAAGAAGGGCAGAAAUAAUCCUGAGAACUGAGGGCUGGGAAGGGAAGGGAUCCCACCCCACGCCUCUGCAAUAACUGGACCAGAGGAAGCUGCUGUCCCCUCCCUCUCCCCUCACAGGCAGCCCAACCCUGGGGCCCCAAGGCAGGCAGACGCCCCGAGUAGGGCAGGGCCCCCAGGCCAUCCAUUCCAUUUUGUGUCCAUUUCCUCGCCUCUUUCUGCCAGGCCUGCCCCCGUGCCCUGUCCUGGGGAAUCUAGUAUUUAAGAGAGAGAACUAUAUUCCUAUUAAAGCCGGUUUAAUUUUAAUCCACUGGUCCCUCUGCAUGGGGGGAUGGAGCCACUGCCCCCCUUCCCUGCUCCCUCCCUGCAGUUCCUGCACCAGGGAAGGGGCCACCUGCGCUCAGGUGACUCCCUCACAGGGGAGCAGGCAGAGGCGAUGGAGGCCCAUGGCCCCCCACAGGCAGCUCAGGUGCUGGGCCUCCCUGGGCUCCCUGCCGCUCUGCUUGGCAGCCUUAGGCCCCUUUUGCACUGAGCCCUCCAUGGAAUCAUGCAGAUGGGGGGACUCUCAUCCAUGGGGGCCUCCCCCAGAUAGGAUCUCACCAGGCACCCUGUGGAAGGACGCAGGAGAGGCCAAGAGCUACUGCGCAGACCCUGACUGCAGCCCCGCCCUGGCGCCUCCCUGCUGUCAGGUGCGGAACAGCUGAAAUCAGGCUGAUCGUCAGCCUGCACCCUGCUGAGAUGAACCUGGGCCUGGCCCGCAGGUGUUCCCUGACGCACAGAGGGUCACCAGCACUGCCCACAGCCCUGCCUCUCUGCGUGUCCAUCCACCCAGCUGACCUUGCGCUUUGCUCCUUUGUCCCUCUCACAGGCUCUGUGCUCCCAGCCAGGGCACAGAGCAGGCCACUGUCGACCUUUGGGCAGGUGAGGCCGAGGAAGCAGGGGCAGCAGCUGGAGCCGGCGGUGGGGAGUGGGAGGGCCCUGGUCUGGGGGAGCUUGGGCAAAGGCCUGUGGGUCGUCAGACCUUGUUCCGCCGGCUGCCCUCCCUCCUGACAUCCAGGCGAGGGCUGGAGUAAGAGCUUCUCUACACCUGGCGGCCGUGGGUGGAUGUUUAAGAAGCGAAUGAAAAGAUGAGUGGGAGGUGGUGGGCAGAUGGCAGCUGAUGAGAAGCCUGCAAGAGCCCUGGACGGGGUUGGGGGCGGCCAGCACCCCUGCUGCCCACUCCACAGAGCCUGACUGCUGUGACCCUACUGUCCUGGGGCUGAAAUGGGGAGGGAGCCAGUCCGGGGACGUGGGUGCCGUGCCCGGUUUCCCCCCCCACACACACCCAGGAGGAGAGGCACCUUCCAGGUUCUGGAGGUUUGCCUGAGCCCAACUGAAAGGCAUUUGAUGGGCCAAAUGUGGGGUGCAAGGAGUGCCUUCCGGAACUUGACCUGGCCAGGCUCCUAGAGGAUUAUGUCGAGGAGUGCAGGGGUGGAGGGAAGGUCCCCUUGGCGCAGGCCCUGACCCCCGGAGUACUGACUUGCCUCCUGCAGAGCCGGCAGCAAACAGCGCCACCUUGUGGCAGGCCGCCUCUGGGCUCGGAAAAUGGAGGUCCCCCUGUAAUGUGCCAAAGCGCAGGGGAGGGGAGGUGGAGGCCUCUGAAAUAUUUGCUGCUGGCAGAGGCUGGCUACAAGCCAAAGCAAGGCCAAAGCUGGGGAGUAUGUGCUGAAAGAUGAGAAUUGUUAUUUUUUUAAUGUAUUUUUAAAUAGGCAGCCCUUGCCCCUGGCGUGGGAAAUACCAAAUGGAUACAAUGAAAAGGGCCACCCACCCUGUCAUUUUCGAACCUCCUGGAAGUAUUUAUGCAUAGUUUGGCAGCUCGGCUUCCUUAAUGCAUUAUCCUUCCUCCCUUGUCUAUGUUCCUGGUCACGGAUUCCACUCAGCCUGCUCUGGGCCCCCCCUUGGUUCCUUUCCAGCUAAGUGGUUUUCCAUUGUGUGGUCCCCCUUUCAUGAAUUGCCUGUAUUGAUGGGCGUUGGAUUGUUUCUACUACUUUAUAUUACAAAGACGCUGCAAUAAAUAUUCUCACGUGGAUGCCACACUACCCUCAAGUGUCCGCGAGGAUGACUCCCUGGAGGGGCACUGCCCAGCCGGGGUGGCCGUG